AUUCAAAUAUGUAUAAAUUUUCAAGUCUAAGAAAACCUUCUGUGUAUUUUAUAUUAGGAGGUACUAAUCAAAUAAUAUAAAAGGACCUGGCUCAGGUAAAGGUACCUAAUGUGAAUUAUUAAGUAAAAAUUUAAAAUUUGUACAUCUUUCUGCUGGACAAUUACUGAGAGAUGCUGUAAUUAUUCGAAAUUAUAAUUUUAGAUUACAAGUAAUUCUCAGCACAAGAUUACUAUUGAAAAUUGCAUAAAUAAUGGAGUUAUUGUUCCUGUAAUUUAUCCUAAUUGAUUUUUUUUUAGAGUCAUGUAACCAUCAAUUUAUUGGAUAAAGCAAUUUUUGAUAAUUUAAGUUCUGAGACAUUUCUAAUAGAUGGAUUCCCAAGAAAUUAUGAAAAUAUGUAAAGUUGGAUAGAAUUGAUGGAUCACAAAAUCAAUUUUAAGAGUGUUAUUUAUAUUCAUUGUUCAAGAGUAUUAUAAUUUUUUGUAUAUAUAUCAGCAAAAUAUGAUCUUAAGAAUAUAGGAAAGAUCAAAAACAAGUGGAAGAUCAGAUGAUAAUUUAUAAAUUUUGGAAAAGAGAUUCAUUACUUAUUAAAAUGAUACAUAAAAAAUAAUAGACCAUUAUCGAAAUCUUAAUAAAUUAAUUGAAAUUGAUGGAGAUAAUUCUAUAAAUAUAGUGUAAGCAUAAAUAUUAGAAUUACUUAAUAAAACCCUGAUUCAUUCAUGA